GCUCUCCUUCUCUAGAACCACCUGGCCCUCAUCACCCGCGAAUACGUACUGAUGAAAUUCACCUCUAGGUCAUACACAGACCCGCUUCUGCGUUAAGAGAGCUGUUGUAAAACAGCCUUGAUGCCGGGUCUACUUCCAUUCAAGUGACCGUCAAGGAUGGCGGUAUGAAGCUGCUUCAUAUUCAGGACAACAGCUGUGGCAUUCAUAAAGAGGACUUACCCUUGCUUACUGAGCGCUUUACUACCUUGGGUCAAGACCGCUACGAAGGCUGGCGUUUUGCGAUGAAAGGUUCAAAGUGCCCGAAAAUGACGCCGUUCGUACGCUUUGGGCUCCUGUACCGUGCUGUCGAGCUCACAGGCAAUCUGGGAGUAUGUCGUAUUCAGGAAUCCAGCCCAGGAGAUAGGAAAUAUGAUGAGGGUGUUGUGUUCCUUAUGAGUGCGAUGGAGGACGCAAAGAUUUACACCACGGAGGCUCCCCAACGAUGCAAGAUACAUGAAGAACGUGUUAUACUGGUACAUCUGCCUCACUCUUACUAUCAAGGGACCAGAGACACCAGCGGACCUUAAAGAGCUUCAGGUAUAUUCACCGGCUUUGAAUUCGACGAUCUCUCUACGACCAAACGCAGGUCGCAUCUCAAGAAGUUGGGGUAUACCGAAGAAUUUAGUGUACUUCUGAG